AACUCACAGUCAAAAAUAAGUCUUUUUUUCUCAAAUUUAGAUCUUGUAUUCCUUACAUUACUUACAAAGGAAAAGAAAGCCAAAUUUGGCCAUGAAAGAAGCAAGUUUUGUUUCUUUUUUAUGUAUUCACCUUUUUUCUAUAAAUUUCAAUGAUGAACAGACAUUUGUUGGAGAGAAAGUGCAUGUUUCCUGACUUUGAAGAACAAAGCCACCUGCAACACAUUGUGCAAAGUGCAUUGACUGAGCCAUCCUGUGCUUGUAAUGGGUGCAGAGCAAUGUCCUGUGUCUCCUGUGUGGACCCUGGCCAGGCUCCCUCCUCCCCCAGGUCAAGCUAAAACAGACCAGAGGAGGAAUAGAGGCUGUGUGGUCACCUGCACAGCCUGUAUCUCACUGUGUCCUGGACAUGACUGAGCCUCUUCAAUGGGCCAGAUACCACUGGCAACGGCUGAUGGGUGGUAGAACCAGGGAUGACGAUGAGAGGCUGUACAGCUACUCCUCGCUGCUUGCCUGUGGGGGAAAAUCCUCCCGGACCCCUAAACUGCCAGGAAAGCACCGUGUUGUUAUUCCUCACCUUCAGCCCUUCAAGGAUGAGUAUGAUAAGUUUUCUGGAACCUACAUGAAUAACCAAAUACGAACAACAAAGUACACGCUUCUGAAUUUUGUGCCAAGAAAUUUGUUUGAACAAUUUCACAGGGCUGCCAAUUUAUAUUUCCUCUUCCUAGUUGUCCUGAACUGGGUGCCUUUGGUAGAAGCCUUCCAAAAGGAAAUUACCAUGUUGCCUCUGGUGGUGGUCCUUUCAAUUAUUGCGGUUAAAGAUGGCUUAGAAGAUUACCGAAAAUACAAAAUUGACAAGCACAUCAAUAAUUUAAUAACUAAAGUUUACAAUAGGAAAGAGAAAAAAUACAUUGAUUGUUGUUGGAAAGAUGUCACUGUUGGGGACUUCAUUCGCCUCUCCUGUAAUGAGAUCAUCCCUGCAGAUAUGGUUUUGCUCUUUUCCACUGAUCCGGAUGGAAUCUGUCACAUUGAGACUUCUGGUCUUGAUGGAGAGAGCAAUUUAAAACAGAGGCAGGUGGUACGGGGCUAUGCAGAGCAGGACUCUGAAGUUGACCCUGAGAAGUUCUCCAGUAGGAUAGAAUGUGAAAAUCCAAACAAUGACCUCAACAGAUUCCGAGGUUUCUUAGAACAUUCCAACAAACAACGUGUGGGUCUCAGCAAAGAAAAUUUACUGCUCAGAGGAUGCACCAUUAGAAAUACAGAGGCUGUUGUGGGCAUUGUGGUUUAUGCAGGUCAUGAAACCAAAGCAAUGCUAAACAAUCCUGGGCCACGAUAUAAACGUAGUAAAUUAGAAAGAAGAGCAAAUACAGAUGUCCUCUGGUGUGUCCUGCUUCUGCUUAUAAUGUGUUUAACUGGUGCAUUGGGUCAUGGAAUCUGGUUGUGCAGAUACGAAAAUGUGCCCUUCUUUAAUAUCCCUGAUCCUGAUGGACAUAUGAUGUCCCCGGCAUUGGCAGGAUUCUAUAUGUUUUGGACCAUGAUCAUUUUGUUACAGGUCUUGAUUCCCAUUUCUCUGUAUGUUUCCAUUGAAAUUGUGAAGCUUGGACAGAUAUAUUUCAUUCAAAGUGAUGUGGAUUUCUAUAGUGAGAAAAUGGAUUCUACUGUACAAUGCCGAGCCCUGAACAUCGCUGAGGAUCUUGGACAGAUUCAGUACCUCUUUUCUGAUAAGACAGGAACACUCACUGAGAACAAGAUGGUUUUUCGAAGGUGCAGUGUGGCAGGAUUUGAUUAUUGCCAUGAAGAAAAUGCCAAGAGACUGGAGUCAUAUCAAGAAGCUGUCUCUGAAGAUGAAGAUUGCACAGACACCGUCAGUGGCUCCCCCAGCAACGUGGCCAAACCAGGAGCCCCUGGCUGCAGGACAGUCAUUAACCGGCCUCUGGGGAGGAGGCUCUCAAAACAUCUCUCUGGGAGCGUGUCUGCAGUAGGCAAUGGAGAUGGAGCUGCUGAAGGGCUUCAUUCCAGACAGGCUGCUUUCAGUAGCCCCAUUGAAACAGAUGUGGUACCAGACACCAGGCUUUUGAACAAAUUUAGGCAGAUUACACCUCAUCUCUUUACCUCGAUAGAUGGGACCUUCCAAAGACCACCACUGGAGACUUUGUACAUCAUGGACUUCUUCAUUGCUCUGGCGAUUUGCAACACAGUAGUAGUUUCGGCUCCUAAUCAACCAAGACAAAAGAUCAGGCUCUCUUCCCUGAGUGGAACACCCAUGAAAUCCUUGGAGGAGAUUAAAAACCUCUUCCAAAGAUUGUCUGCCCGAAGAUCAAGUUCACCCUGUCUUGUCAGCGGGAAAGAACUGCCCUCCGGGGUCCCCAGCACCUUCGUGAGCAGACUCUCUCUCUUUAACCGGACCAAGCUGACAUCACCCAUGGAGGAAGAGGUCUCGCCCAUGAAUGAGAACCCGCAGGGCAAUAGUGACCCAGCUUGCUGUACGGAAAUUGAAAAACCAAACUGCAGUGGAGGCCUCACAGAUGGCAAGGUGGAAUCCCUCCCUGGACGGUCCUUGGCCUCCAACCUGUGUUAUGAGGCCGAGAGCCCAGAUGAAGCAGCCUUGGUGUAUGCGGCCAGGGCUUAUCAAUGCACUUUACAGUCACGGACGCCAGAGCAGGUCAUGGUGGACUUUGCUGCCUUGGGACCAUUAACAUUUCAACUCUUACACAUCCUGCCCUUCGACUCAGUAAGAAAAAGAAUGUCUGUUGUUGUCCGGCACCCCCUUUCCAAUGAGGUUGUGGUGUACACAAAGGGAGCUGAUUCUGCAAUCAUGGAGUUGCUCUCAGUGGCUCCCCCAGAUGGGGCAAAUGUGGAAAAACAGCAGAUGAAAAUAAGGGAGGAAACCCAGAAACACUUGGAUGACUAUGCCAGACGCGGAUUACGCACUUUAUGUAUAGCCAAGAAGGUCAUGAGUGACCAUGAAUAUGCAGAAUGGCUGAGGAAUCAUUUUUUGGCUGAAACCAGUAUUGACAACAGGGAAGAAUUGCUAAUUGAAUCUGCCAUGAGACUGGAGAACAAACUAACAUUACUUGGUGCUACUGGCAUUGAAGACAGGCUGCAGGAGGGAGUACCUGAGUCUAUAGAAGCUCUUCACAAAGCCGGAAUCAAGAUCUGCAUGCUGACUGGGGACAAGCAGGAGACAGCUGUCAACAUAGCUUAUGCGUGCAAACUGCUGGAACCACAGGACAAGCUCUUCAUCCUUAAUUCCCAAAGUAAAGAUGCCUGUGAAGUGCAGAUGAACAUAAUUUUGCAAGAACUUCAGAGGAAAACUCCAACUUCUCCAGAGCAAGCAUCAUUAAAGAAUGGUUCCAUUCAGCCUUGCAUCACCCAGAACUCGGGACAACGGGCUGGACUCAUUAUUACUGGGACCACCCUGGAGUUUGUCUUGCAAGAGAGUCUGCAGAGGCAGUUCCUAGAGCUGACUGCUUGGAGCCACGCUGUGGUCUGCUGCCGAGCCACGCCCCUGCAGAAGAGCCAGGUGGUGAAGCUGGUUCGCAACCAUCUCCAGGUGAUGACUCUAGCCAUUGGUGACGGCGCCAAUGAUGUAAGCAUGAUCCAAGUGGCAGACAUUGGGAUAGGGGUCUCAGGCCAAGAAGGCAUGCAGGCUGUGAUGGCCAGUGACUUCGCCAUUUCUCAGUUCAGACAUCUCAGGAAACUCCUUCUUGUCCAUGGGCACUGGUGUUACAUGCGCCUUUCCAACAUGAUUCUCUACUUUUUCUACAAGAAUGUGGCCUAUGUGAACCUCCUUUUUUGGUACCAGUUCUUUUGUGGAUUCUCAGGAACAUCCAUGACUGACUAUUGGGUUUUGAUCUUCUUCAAUCUCCUCUUCACAUCUGCUCCUCCCAUCAUUUAUGGUGUUUUAGAAAAAGAUGUAUCUGCAGAUACCCUCCUGCAACUGCCUGAACUUUAUCAGAGUGGUCAGAAAUCAGAGGCGUACUUACCCCUCACCUUCUGGAUCACUUUGUUGGAUGCCUUUUACCAAAGCCUGGUCUGUUUCUUUGUGCCUUACUUUACUUACCAGGGCUCAGACAUUGACAUCUUUACAUUUGGAAACCCCCUGAACACAGCUGCUCUGUUCAUCAUCCUCUUCCACCUGAUCAUCGAAAGCAAGAGUUUGACCUGGAUCCACGUGCUGGUGAUCACUGGCAGCAUCUUGUCGUAUUUCUUGUUUAGCUUGGCCUUUGGAGCUAUGUGUAUAACCUGCAAUCCACCAUCCAACCCCUACUGGAUCAUGCAAGACCAUAUGCUGGAUCCAGUAUUCUACUUAGUGUGUAUCCUCACCACCUGUAUUGCCCUUCUGCCCAGGUUUACAUACCGAAUUCUUCAGGGAUCUCUGUUUCCAUCUUCAGUUCUGAGAGCUCAGCACCUGGACAGACUGACGCCAGAGGAAAGGGCUGAAGCGCUUAAGAAAUGGAGAGGGGCUGGAAAGAAGAACCAGGUGACCUCCAAGUGUGCAGACCAAUCCACUGGCAAGUCAGGAAGGAGACCCGUGGCUGGCCAUUCUGCGGCUCUCGCAGUGAAGUCAGGGACUUCCUGUGCAGCCGAGCAAGGAGAUGUGCCUCUCUGUGAAACUGCUUUGGAUUCAGGCUACUCUGCAGCUGAGGCCUCAGACGGAAUUGAACCUAAAAUACCUAAAAUAUGAAAAAGCCAGGUUACCCCUGUUGAGAUGCAACUGUUCUUUCAAAUUUGAAAGGAUUCGGAAAUAGCACCUCUGUCAGGCAAAGAUGAUUUACAGCUUUCCGUAAGGAAUGUGAGCAUCUUACCGCUUGGCAAGCUGACAUGAUGACCAUUAUUGCAUGUUUGUAUAGAUAGUCGUAAAAGAGGAAUACAAUUUGACCUAACAGAGUGAGAAAAGUCAAAUAUUUAAGUCAGAAUCAAAUGCUCUUAUGAAAUGUUUGGAUUUUAUAAAAGCAUUUUAAUUGACUUAGAAAUGCAAAUAUUGUCGCAAGGAUUUGUUUGAGAUUCAUUUAUUUUUACUAGGAGCUCUCAUAUUCUCAGGAAAUGCUUUAAGAAAGCAGGCUCCCAUUAGCAUUUUUUAAAUUAGCUAGGAGUGCUGGUGCAUACCUAUAAUCUCAGAGCUCAGGAGGCUGAAGCAGGAAGAUCAUGAGUUUGAGGCCAGCCUGGGCUACAUAAUAAGAUGCUGUCUCAGAAACAACUAAGAACAAAUUAGAUUGAAAAAUUAGGACUCAAAGGAAAUUUCCAUAUGAAUGUAUAUUAUAAAUGGAUAAUUUACAGAUAAAUUCUAACAGCUCUUCAACAGCAAUGGUAAAAUACAGUAAUAAGUAAACUCUUGAAAAUGUAGUUAGUGAUUAUCAAUAGCUUUUUAUUUCCUCUGGAAGGAUAUCUUCAGCCUUCUGGUGGGAGAUUUUAAGCAUACCUCUCCGCUCAUUUCAGUAUUUGAAGUGGAACUUCAGUAAGGAAAGGGAAGGAGGGAUGCUAUUGUUCAGGAAUUGUUCCUCUAUAAUCCUUAAGAAAAGAGCUCUCAUGAGGUCUCCCUCUGUGCAGUUGUGGUCAAUUGGGAAACAGAAGCCAUAGGGCGGGCAGAAUCAGCCAUGCCUACCGCCCAUCCAUAAGGCAAUUUCCUGUAUUCUAAAAAAUAGCUUCCUCAAAAUGAGACAGUUUCAAAACAACCUUCAAAACUAAAGGCUUCGUUUUUGCAACCCCCAAUAAUUUUUCUAGUGUUGUGGCCUUUGAAAAAGUGAAAUAUGGAUUGAGAUUAAUACAGAUUUUUCUCAGGGGAGUUUCCCUGACCUUCUUAGAAAAACUUGUUUUUUAAUGCCAUUUGACUGGAAUGUCUAUAACACGUUUACAGCUGUUACAAAUCAUAUAAACUGGCUUUCCUUGGAACCAAGAAACUAUUUUAUGCAAGUAAAGCCACAUGUUAUAAUAAAAUCAAAUAUUCAUGUUGAAGUUAUUUUAAAAUUCUAUCAGAAAGCUGUCACCAGUCACCAGACAAGGAGAAUCCCUUUCAUGAAACGCCAUGCUAACGUCCAGUGGCCACAUCAGGGUCUUAUUACCAUUAAACAGUUAUUCUCAGGGUUUAAUUUGGAACAUGCUGCCCACUGUUCUGGUCCAACAUUGUUUUUGUAAUCUUCUGUUAUUACUGUAAAUCAUCUUUUAUACUGACUGAGUUGUGGAACUUUUAAAAUGCCACACGGCUAAUGGAAGGGCCUUCUGCUUCCUUAAGAAUUUUGUAAAUAAACUAUUUAAUAAAUA